AUGCGGGUUGUUCCCGUCCGAGCUUUCCGAACUUGGGCAUUUCAUCUGUUUCAUCUUGCAGGCGAGGGCAAGCCACCAAUGUAUGGCGACUUUGAAGCUCAAAGGCAUUGGAUGGAAGUGACGGUGCACCUCCCAUCAAAACAAUGGUAUGUAAAUGGCACUGAUAACGAUCUUCUGUACUGGGGUCUUGAUUAUCCACCUCUCACAGCCUAUCAUAGUUAUUUCAUGGGUCUAGUAGCAGAUUACCUGAAUCCCGCCUGGGUUGCACUUCAUUCCUCUAGAGGAAUUCAGGACUACUUUCACAAAAUGUUCAUGCGCGUUACGGCUAUUCUACCAUUCCAAUUGAUAUAUGUACCAGCUCUGAUUUACUAUGUUUACUACGAAGUGAAGGCAAAGGAUGUGUGGACUAACUCGUUACUGGCGCUGAGCAUGCUUUAUCCAGGUAUACUUGCAAUAGACAAUGGCCAUUUCCAAUACAAUAGUGUUUCACUGGGGUUAUUCCUCAUCUCAUUCCUUUUUCUCAUAAACCGAAAGUUUCUGGUUGGUUCUGUGUCCUUUGUGCUGGCGUUGAAUUACAAGCAGAUGGAACUCUACCACGCGCUUCCUAUCUUCACCUUCAUUCUUUCGAGGAGUCUGAAGAGACCUAUUUGGACGAAUUGUUUCGAUAGUGUUAUUUUACUGCUGAAGGUGGCCGCCACUGUUGUGCUAACAUUUUCAAUUAUUUGGUUACCAUUUAUAUGUGAAGGAUCUCAGAGUGUUCUAGCUGUGAUUGGACGAGUCUUUCCUUUCUAUCGAGGGCUUUAUGAGGACAAGGUCGCCAGCGUGUGGUGCGCAUUUUCUUUCAUUUUGCGCAUGAAUACUUAUUUCUCUGUGGAUGCGCAAAUAAAAAUUAGUGCUUUAUCCGUUCUUCUAGUCUCUAGCCCUUCAUUGUUAUUAUUGUUUCUGCGACCAACUACAAAGAAUUUCAUGUCGAGCUUAUUCAUCACCUCGCUAGCUUUCUUCCUAUUUUCUUUUCAAGUUCAUGAAAAGUCUAUACUGCUGGCAGCAAUACCAGCACUAUUGUUGCUCCCAGACUACAAAGUACCAGUUGUUUGGUUCCUUCACAUCACUAAUACAAGCUUAUUUUCCCUUUGUUUGAAGGACGGCACAGGUUCUGUGUUAGCACUCUUUAUCGCUUAUUACGUUGUAUGCUCUUCAUCCGUAAAGUUUUCGGGAAAGCUUCAACACUUCCUCUAUCAUCUAUCAUGUAUAACUGCAGUGGUGAUCUGUGUAGCCGAAUGGACGGUUACUCCACCGAAGCGAUAUCCUCAUAUAUUUCCUCUCUUAAAUGCCGUAUACAGUUGCUCUCAUUUUUUACUUUUCAUGGCAUACUUCUAUGUUGAAAUGAGUGUUAAUGAGUACAAAGUUUUUAUGAGGAAGAGUUUGUAG